CAGUGGCCGAUGCAGUGAUUGCUUUGAACUACUGUCACUUACCCCCAUUUUUUACUUGUUUAAGCUCGUUUCAAUCUAGUUCCAGGCUACACAUCUAUCUUACCGUUAAUCCGUCCAUCCCCGCGGUCGACGCGAGGUAGCCUCCCAUCAUGGCAACUAUCACAAUGACAGCCCCGCCACCCACCAAAUCGAAGAAGAGCCUCAAGCUGCCACCUGAAAAUGAACGGUAUAUGAGGGCAUGCUCUGAUAUCGCAAAUGCUUUGAUCCAGGAUUAUGAGUCGCAGAAGGAUCCUACGAAACCUAGGAAGGAUAUCAACCUCAAUAAGCUGCGCGGUCAAAUCGCGAAAAAGCACGUCUUGGGCAGCCAGCCGCCUUUGACAGCCAUCAUCUCGGCUGUCCCUGAGCACUACAAGAAAUAUAUCCUCCCGAAGUUGAUUGCGAAGCCAAUCAGAACGUCCUCUGGUAUCGCUGUUGUAGCUGUUAUGAGCAAACCCCACCGUUGCCCCCAUAUCGCCUAUACCGGUAACAUUUGUGUCUAUUGCCCCGGCGGCCCCGAUUCGGACUUUGAAUAUUCUACACAGUCUUAUACUGGUUAUGAACCCACAUCGAUGCGAGCAAUCCGCGCCCGAUAUGACCCGUUCGAGCAGGCAAGAGGAAGAGUUGAUCAAAUCAAGUCGCUUGGUCACAGCGUGGACAAGGUCGAAUACAUUAUCAUGGGAGGAACCUUUAUGUCUCUGCCGGCAGAAUACCGAGACUCAUUCGUCGCCCAACUUCACAAUGCGCUGAGUGGCUACCAGACCGACAACGUCGAUGAAGCAGUCCAGGCUGGGGAAAUGAGUAAUAUCAAGUGCGUGGGAAUAACUAUUGAAACUCGCCCCGAUUACUGUUUGGACACACACUUGAGUAGCAUGCUUCGAUACGGAUGUACAAGACUCGAGGUUGGGGUCCAAAGUCUAUACGAGGAUGUUGCGAGAGAUACAAACCGUGGUCACACCGUUGCUGCUGUGGCAGAAACUUUCAAGCUUUCAAAAGAUGCAGGAUUCAAAGUCGUCAGCCACAUGAUGCCUGACUUGCCUAACGUGGGCAUGGAGCGUGAUUUGUUUCAAUUCGAGGAGUAUUUCGAGAACCCAGACUUUCGAACUGAUGGGCUGAAGAUUUACCCCACGCUUGUCAUUCGCGGAACCGGUCUUUACGAGCUCUGGAGGACGGGUCGUUACAAAAACUAUACUCCAAAUGCGCUUAUCGACCUUGUUGCUCGUAUUCUCGCACUUGUGCCACCCUGGACCCGUAUCUAUCGAGUUCAGCGAGAUAUCCCGAUGCCGUUGGUUACUUCGGGAGUUGAGAAUGGUAAUCUGCGGGAGCUGGCUCUAGCGCGCAUGAAAGACUUUGGCACGACGUGUCGAGAUGUUCGCACACGGGAAGUUGGCAUCAACGAGGUCAAAAACAAGAUUCGCCCGUCCCAAGUGGAGCUUAUUCGUCGUGACUAUGCGGCCAACGGUGGUUGGGAGACCUUCCUCGCCUAUGAGGAUCCCAAGCAAGAUAUCCUGAUUGGUCUUUUGCGUCUGCGCAAGUGCAGCUCGACGCAUACAUUCCGCCCCGAGUUUACAGGUCAGCAAACUAGCAUCAUUCGUGAACUGCACGUGUAUGGCUCCGCUGUUCCGCUCCACGGGCGUGAUCCGCGUAAGUUCCAACAUCGAGGCUUCGGAACCCUGUUGAUGGAGGAGGCUGAACGGAUUGCACGGGAGGAACACGGCAGCCAAAAGAUCAGCGUCAUUUCAGGUGUUGGUGUCCGCAGUUACUAUGCUCGCCUUGGGUAUACAUUGGACGGCCCCUACAUGUCCAAGAUGCUUGAGCCGAUCGAAGGAGAGGAAUAUUAAAAGUAUAGGAACGGUCAAAACUAUUUUUGUUUUUUUCUUGCGAUUACAGAUAUGAUUCAUGAUACCUCAGGCGGACACGCAGGUGUACAAAAGUUCUGAGUUGAGACUGGAUUGGCGUUUCAUGGAGUGUUUUCCCGGUGGCUAUAUUUUUUUGACGACAUUUAUUGAAUAUAGCGAUGUCAUCAACGCAGGCUAAGAUUGCUUGUACAUACAUUUUCAAUGAGUCGUUGGGACUCUUAUGACGGAAGCAUCGUGGCGCAUACUUAAUUUAGAACAGUAGCAUAUUACAAAACCUAAAAAUUUUGAGAGAUUAUGUGGC